ACAUAAGCAACGGCACACCAUAAGUUUGGGAGCAUCUUAUUGCGCCGUUAACGUGCUGACACUCGCAAAAAAGAGCCUUGUCGGGGACAAGAUGUAACUGUUAAAUCUGCUGCCCAGUCUAGGAAAAGGAAGGCUGUCCUCUUUUACAACAUAUACCACAACAUGUCCCUAUGCUGUGUUCCUCGCUGUCGUGGCCAUGAGUUAAAUACCCGACUACCACCUCCCUUAUGGCUAAGAGUGUUACUCAAGAUCUAAGCGGGCGCCUCGCCGACGGCAAUAAAUUAAUUGAACGAAACUCGGCAUUUCUGCUUGUUGGUUCAUAAAUCACCCGAUGGCCGGUUUAUGGCAAGAAGAUGACUACGGCAUCAUCGCGAAAAAGGGCUGUUGGUCUAUGGUAUCCAUUCUGACAGUCGUCAUUGGAAUGCGAGUUUACUGUCGAUUAUCAUUUGGUCGAAACGCAAUAGGCGCUGAUGACUGGAUCGUUGUCCUGUGUCUUAUCGUCGCUUAUGUCGAUUGCAUAUUUACCACGAUCGGCAUUGGUUAUGGCCUCGGGAAGCAUUACAAGGUACUAGAUCCAGCCGACGCUGUCGAAGCUUUGAGAUGGUCAGUCAUCGCCUCGACCGUCAACGUCUGGGUGUUCUCACUACCGAAAUUUGCUAUCGUCGCAAUCCUCAAGCGUAUUCUGGACUUCAAAACCAAAACUGCAAUAUUGUUCUGGGGUCUAUGCCUCACCUCCCAAGCCUGCAUCUUUGCGACAUCCGUCUGGUGGGUCCAUCAGUGCUCUCCUGUUGAGUAUGGAUGGGACAAGUCUAUUCAAGGGAAAUGUGCGCCAGUCAGUGUAAUACAGAACCUCGGGUACGCCACAACAGCGUACUCGGCGUUCCUAGACAUGUUCUUCGCCCUCUAUCCGGUUCCGUUUAUCAUGAAGUUGAAUAUGCCUCUCAAGAGCCGCAUUGCUAUCUCGGCAGCCAUGAGCCUUAGCGUCACGGCUUCUGCGGUGUCAAUUUACAAGUUAGCGAUAUUCAAGCAGGUAUUCGAUGUGCUGGCGAAAGACCCUACAUAUCCCACCCCCUAUUUCUUCAUGUUGGGUUUUGCUGAGGGCUUCGUUCUCAUCCUCGGCUCCUCUUGCCCCACGCUGGGACCCCUUUUCCGAGCAGUCAAGCGAACCAUAUCCACGAGUUUAAGCAGCAAAGGCGACACGAGUAACUCGAACUUGGGCCAAAGCGGUCCCCAAUAUAGCGAUCCGGGAAGAAAGUGGAAGAAUCUAAGGGGACAUCGACUUACGGACCAUCAAGCAACGCUAGCUAGCAUCGACGCUAUUCCACUCUAUCCUACCACGACUGUAACUAAUAAGGAUGAUGACCAUAUUCCUGAUACCGUAGACACACAUUAGCAUAUAUUUUAGAGUAGGUCGACUUUAUAUUAUUUACAUCAAUUUUGUUUCUUGGCUGUUCAGGACGUGUACUGUGUAUGGAUGGGAGCUGACCAGACGGUAACAUAACGGUAACUCG